GGAUGAGUUUGACGAUGUGUUUGGGGUGGAUAUCUGAGUGUUGUCCAUUGUUUUGUAGAUAUUUGAGGAAGGCAGCCAUGCCGUCAUUAUGAGGGAUGUUGGUGUGUAGGGAGGUGGCAUCCAUGGUGGUACGGAUGGUGUUCUGAAGGAGGCUGUUAAUGUUGCAGAGUUUCUGGAGAAAGUUGGUUGUGUCCUGGAGGAAGCUGGCCCUUUGUGUGGCGACUGCUUUGAGGAUGAUUUCUAUGAGUCCUGAUGUUCCUUCAGUAAGAGUACAAUGGCCAGAUAUGAUGGACCUGCCUGGGCUCCCUUGGGAGGCACGUAGAAGGUCCCUGGGGUGGUCUCUUGGGGGGUGAGGUUGUAUAGUUUCUCUUGGAGUUGUUUGGGGAAGGAUUUGAUGACAUCCUUUAAAUAUCUGGUGAAUUGUGGUGUGGGGUCUUCUUUGAGUUUCUUAGAGUAGGUGGUGUCGAUUGGCCUCAUUGACGUAGUCAGUGGUCGAGAACUAUGAUAGCACCCCCUUUGUCUGCUGGUUUGAUCGUUUUCUGGUGGCUGAAUUUCAGGGACUAUAUAGCUGUCCUCUCGGCAGUGGAGGGAUUGUGGUGGUUGUGAUUUGUGUUAAGGAUUUCUCAACCAAUCAAUGUGUGUGGUUUUGUCCACUGUGCGGUGUUGAGUCAGAUGAUUCUUUCUUCCUGUGAUUGUCGGUGGGAACAUGGUAGUUGAGGGUGGUGUCGUCAUUGUUGUGAAAGAAUUCUGGGAGGCGGAGGUGGCAAAAGAUUUCUUCUAGCUCUCCACAUGUUCGUAUGGUAUCAGGUUCUGUGAUGGGGCAGACGUUCAGUCCCUUGCAGAGGACAGAGAAUUCAACUCUGGUUAGGGGUCGUCGUGAUAAACUGAUGAGGUUGGUGUGUCAUGGAGUGCCGUGGGUCUCCCGGGGUGGUGUUCUGUGAGUUGUGAAGUUUGUUGUAGUUGGUUCCACUUGUUGUUGUGUUGGAUGGCUGUUGUCAGGUUUUUUGUCUGGAUUGUGCACUGUCGGCUUAAAGUGACAGUUCCCCAGUUGUGCCACCAGAUGGUGCUAAAAAGCUAAAAAUGCACAUUACUGUGCCAAAGUCCUCAAAUAUGGUGACUGUAAGUGCAGUGUGAUCCCUGCCAUGACCCAAGGGGGAAGGGGGGACUGGCACAGCCCCAAAAGCCAGGGGUUUGGGACAGGCGAGGCUGUGUCCGUUCUAGCCGGAAAGAUGGCGGCGACGUCAGUCGGUAGCGUGUGGGGCGGUAGCUUUGCUGAGCUACGCGACCCCAGGGAGGUGGUUGCUGUCAGGUUCAAAUACAGGUCAGGCUGGUGGGGAGAUGCACUUGGCUAAGAGGCUAUUGCAAUACACUAGCCAGGUGCCUGUGACCCUGUCCCCCUCUAGCAGCCGGCUCCAGUGACUAGAGCCUCCUGCUACGGACUCCCAGCUAAUGGAGUUACUCUCCUAGGCCAAGCAGUAGCAGCCUGUGAUCUGGCUGAUGUCUUGCCUGGGUUAGUUACGCUGCGUACGAACUAUGGACAAACCCUGGGGAGCAGACUCCUCUCCGCCCGGAGGCAGAUGGAAUCUACUCCUUGUUUCCCUUGGGGGGAUUCCUGGGUCCUUGGAGCCAAGAGCAGCUCCCCUCUGCCCCCUUUUGCUCUCCUCUGAUUCAGGCAGCGUUGCGGGAACGCCUUCCAGCCUCCAUUAAUGCCACCCCUAAAGCAGCCAGGCCGAUUGGUGCUGAGCAAACUGCUGUCACUCCCCUUGCUUGCCGGGGCUGAGGGCACCGUCCAUGCAGCAUCACGGCCAGGAGCAAAGGGGAUCGAGGCUGGGUUUCCCAGGCAGGAGAGCAGCGUGCUAGCUGUAGGGUCAGCAGGCUGGCCUGCUUUCAAAGCCAAGGGAAACUUCUUAAUAAGCUCCAUGUGAGAUCUCAAUCCUGGGAAGCAUCAGACCCAUGAAACAGUCUGUUUCUGGGCUCGGGAAAUACCAUCUGGCCCUCUUCCAACCCUCCGGGCUGUUUGUGCCUCUCUAAUCUGCUAGCAUCAACUGAUCAUUUUUCCUGUAUUAACCACAUAUUGCAUUAAUGGUGAAUUAGUCAUAGCCAGAGAGAUUAGGAGUUGUAAUUAGUGCUAAAGAAGCAUCCGCAGUGCUGAGGUGUAUCGGCCUGCUCUGUACAUUAACGAUCCUGCGAAUUCAGGCUUUGGGGCUGUUUGUGGCUGCUGCAGAAUCGCCCCUUUCUGCUGUGGGGAGCAGGGAUGGACGGCCUCAUUUUCAACGAGGCUGAGUGCCCAGAGGACCCACUGAUUUCAGUGGGAGCCGCAGGUGCUCAGCACAUCUGAAAAUCAGGCCGUUGGUUAGUUCCCACUGCUAGAAAGAAGAGCCGGGGGAGGGGACGGCUGCAUGGCCGGAACAUCAGAGGCCCAGUUCUCUUCACAACCCCAGAGGAUACUGGAAACUCCUUGCGACUCCAGUGAGUGACUCGUUCCCUGCAGCUGGGGAGGGGGGCGCCAGGCUGGCCGUGUGUUUCAGCAGCGCCAGUUGGGAUCAUUGAUGGGAUGCAGCGACAACGUGGAGCCGUUGCUCCAAAGCAGAGGCAAUGUCCCACCCAGGCGCAUAUUGGCAACGUGGCAAGGGCCAGUAGGUCACACCUAAUUUGUAACAUAUCGAGCCCUUGUAGCAUCAUCCUCUUUAACCAGAGAUCUGGCUCACGGAGACUGCAGGUCUCUGCUUGCCGUUCUCCAUCGUGAUCAAAGGGCAGCCGCAGAGCUGCACGGACCAUGUUUUGCCCAUGACAUUGUGUAGGAUAGUUCGGCCAUAGACUCCUGGAGCCGCAGAUGCACGGCUCUGAAAUGUCUCCCAUGGCCCCUGGGGCACGGUCCUCUGGGGGAGCCCCCUCUGUGCUCUGGCAGGUUGAUCUUCACUGUCCCCCCUCUUGCUUUGUUUUGCAGCUUUUCCUGGACGAUGCCAAAGUGAAGAACUUCAUCACCUGUUUUAAAGAUAAGCAGUUCCUCGCCUUCUUCUUCAAACAACUGCAGCUGAACCGGAGCGGGCGCUACCAGGACGCCUUCCCCUACCUCUCCCCCUGCGGCCGAGAGCACAACUUCGUGCGCUGCGACGACCGCCCCAUCGUCUUCACCCACCUGCUGCGGGGCCAGGCGGGUGAGGAGCUGCUCUCCUACUGCGGCGGCGGAGACAGGCUGGUGGUCGGCUUCGAGCCAGAGAAGCUGGUGAUGUUCCCCGAGAACGGGCGCGUCUAUCACCCGGCCCCGCAGAAAGCCGGCGGCGUGGGGCUGGUGAAAUCAUCCCUGGCCUUUGAGCUGAGCCCCUGCUUUGAGUACAGCCAGGGCGCCGGCGGGCCCCCCACCCACUUCCGCUGGCAGGGCAAGCGCUACCCCCUCACCAACGAGCUGGUGCAGCUGAUCCGCUCAAACAGCAGCGCCUGAGCCGGGGCGUCGCCAGUGAGGCUGCCUGGCCCUGGGGACAGAGCAAGGACUGGCCCAGAGCUUGGCCAUCUGCAGCUAUGUUGGCUGCUUCGCAACAGCCUGAGGACAGCACCUCCCGGGCACUCACUGG